CUCUAUAACACUCCUCUUUCUUCCUCGAUCUCGGCAAUUUCUCUUGAGACCUCAUCGUCGCUAAAAGAGAGAAACUGAUUUCCCAUUGAUCAAUCAAGUACUCAAACUCAAUUUGAAAAUGGUUCUUCUGCAACCAGAUCCAUUCCUGAAUGAGCUUACAAGUAUGUAUGAGAGGACCAAAGAGAAAGGAUCUGUCUGGGUCACCCUUAAACGCUCAUCUAUGAAAUGCAAGGCUAGGAUAAACAAGAUGAAAACUAAUGAGGAAGCCAUUGAGUAUAGGUGCCUUGUCCGUGCCACUGAUGGGAAGAAGACCAUCUCCACCUCGCAGCUAUCUGCGAAGGAGCACCAAAAGUUCCAGUCUUCUUAUGCAACAGUGCUUAAAGCUCAUAUGAGUGCAUUGAAGAAGAGAGAACGUAAAGACAAGAGGAAAGCCGCAGAGGGAGAGACGAAAGAUGGAAAUUCCAAGAAGCCUGCUGCAAAGAAGGCUGCAAAGUGAACAUGCUCCUCGUUCAUUUGUUUUCUUUUAGAUCCACCCAGUGCAUUUUUGAGUAAACACCUUAGAGAUAGUGAACAAAUUUUCAGUUUCAAGUGCACCCAUGUUCUUGUUGAUUGAACUUUGCGAAUCGUGCUUGAUGCGGUGAUCCUUAAACCAGGGCACCGAACGGAGGUCUGAUAUUAGGUUCUUGGUUGGAAGAUUCGACCAGACUGGGGAUUUAUGGGUUGUAGACUUACAGCUUGACUUGAUUGAGAAAUUCUCCUUGGUUACUGCUUGAUGCUGUAUUUGUACUCAAUAUUUUUAAAGGCUAUAAGAUUUACUGUUAGACGAUUUUGCUCUCUGUACGAGUUUUUUCCCCCCCUCAGAGAUAUAACAUAAUUGUUUUCGAGGAGGAGGCUGCAUGUUA